AUAAAAAGAGGAGCGCGGGGGAAAAGUAGGGAGAAGCUCCGCACUCGUCCUCUCUUUUUCCCUUCCAGCCCCGCGCCCGCAACUUCCCCGGCAGCCCGCGGGCACCUGCCGCCGGCACAGCACCGCACGGCACCGCACACCCGCCGCCGAGCGAGGCUGCCCUCCGCGGAGCCCCGGCCUCUGUGCAUGCGAGGUGUGAAGCUGGGCGGCACCCCCAAGCCAUCGCCAUGGAUUUUGUCAUGAAACAAGCCUUAGGAGGGGCUACCAAAGACAUGGGGAAGAUGCUGGGUGGGGAUGAGGAGAAAGACCCCGAUGCUGCCAAGAAAGAAGAGGAACGACAGGAAGCCCUCAGACAAGAAGAGGAGGAGAGGAAAGCCAAAUAUGCCAAGAUGGAGGCUGAAAGAGAAGUUAUGAGACAAGGGAUUAGAGACAAGUAUGGGAUAAAGAAGAAGGAGGAAAAGGAAGCAGAGGCCCAGGCUGCACUGGAAGCUAAUGCCGAAGGGAGUCUGACACGUCCAAAGAAGGCGAUCCCUCCUGGCUGCGGGGACGAGGAGGAGGAGGAAGAAGAGAGCAUUCUAGACACAGUCAUCAAAUACUUACCAGGCCCCCUGCAGGACAUGUUCAAGAAGUAAUAGCUGCAGACUGUUAGAUGGGCACUAACUGUACUGCAAUGGAUUUCUCUUUUGCCCAAUGGGGAUUUACAAUCUUGCCAUCCAUCACGCAGCCCUGCCCACCUCUACCCUCUACUGCUCACUAGGAGUUCCUUCGCUUCCCAUUCCCCUCUGCGUAUUCCGUUUCCCUCUACCCCAAGACUCAUCCAUUCCUUUUUUGUACAUAGUCAUAUCCAGUAGAUGCCUCUGAAUGGAUGUAAAGAUUAAAAAGCUGCAGACUACACAACUUUUAUUAUAAGCCAUAGUAAUAUGUAUGUUAAAUAAGGCAACUGUACAUUAAGCAUAGAAAAGGAACAACCUCACAUGCAUUUUGACCCAAAGCAGGACGAAGUGUUCACUAAGUGUGAACAGUGGCCUCUUUAGUUUUCUUUAUUUUUAUUAUUAUUAAUAAUAAUUAUUAGUUAUUUUUAUUAGUGUUCUUGUUGAUUGGGUCACACUAGCCAUUUGUUGUUGACCACGUCUACCCUUGGAAAGAAUGUCUCAGUUCUCCCGUGGAAUCAGAGCUUUUCAGUUUUAAUUCCAUCACUGGCAUAAGUAAGAGAUUAUUUGGAAGGUAAAUCAUGCAUGGCUUACACAGCUGACAUCACUCAGAACCGUGGAGGAAGUGAGUUAUCUGCCUUCAGAUGCUGGCAGAAGUUAAAUGCCUCAGAAUCUAAGCAAGAGUCAUGCCACUUUGGGAAUUAGCCAUACACUUAACUAGAAGGAGUAGAUUUGGUCUGAAAGGUGCCAUACAGAGAGCUGGAACCACAGUGGGGUGUGGGGUGCUCUGUUAGAGGACCUCCCCACCCCUCUGAAGUCAAUGUCCAAGAAUUUUGGUCACUAAACUUCCUCUUUCUGCCCAGUACCGUAUUCUGCAAUCUCAUUCCCAGCAGUGCUUUCAGGACAGACAUUUGGUCUUCAGCAUAUUGUUAUUGUUGUGUCCUGCCCACCCUUCUCUGCAGCUGUGGGAGACAGUGGUGGCCUGAAUGUUAGAUAUGGCCCUGAAGAUUCAGAAAUCUUAAGUUUGCCUCCUUUGUCUCAUGCUAAGUUACUCUGCUCCCUUGAGGAGGUCACUUACUUUUCUGCCCCAUUUUCUCCAGAUGUAAAAUUUAGGUUUCAGUCAAUACCUACUGUCAAAGGAUAUAGUAAGGAUGAAUUGCACAAUGCUCCUCUAGUGCUGUGCAGGAUCUAAUUAGUAUUAUAACAGUGUGGGGCAUCCAUUGAUUCUAGUAAGGUAGGAAAAAAUGUCUCUCUAUUAUCUUGAAAGCCUUUCCUAGACACAGAUGUUUUCCAGUACAGCAAUACAAGCAUUGAGUAACUGCAAAAGAAAAGCCAAAUUCUACUGGAGAAGUUGAUUUGUUAGUACACACAUGCGGUUGCAUAUACAAACAGAUUUAUUUUGAACACAGUCACUUACUAAGUUAUCUGGCCUGUUAACUGAAGAGCUGAUCCUAUGUUUUUGCAUUUGGCCGCAUCUCUGCAUAGCUGCUGCGAGAGCAUCACAGCAUCCCAGUGUCACAAUCUUGUAGGAGAAUUGUUGUUUGCCUGGCAAAAUUAGCAUUGUUUGUCCCUGCCAUGGGAGCAACAUAUCCUUUCCUAAGUACCUGGAACAGAUUUGGAAGCAAAUAUAUGCUUUCUACUGACAACAGAAAGGAAUGCAAUUUGAAAUACCUCAUUAUGUACCUAAAAUAAAGCAUUUUACUCCAAUGGAACUUCUUUACUUCACUUGUUCAGCACAAAUGAGUUUAGGCAAAGAUUCCAGUACUUCCCUGAAUAAAUUUUAAAAUGUAUUUAUCAUCCUUUCAAGUUAGCAGAAGCAUCAUAGUUAAGGCUUGUUACCUUAACUCUGUAAACUAAUAUGAACUAAUGUGAACUCUGCCUUUUAGCACAUCUCUAAAUAAGGAAAAGCUAUUAUGAAACAAAAGAAAUAUAUUUUGUCCUCCUCACUCAUUUAUUAUUUGGGAGUAUCAGCAGUCCUUGCUGCUUCCCAACUUGCUCCAAUACUAAGCUUCUACCAAACCCAAGGUGGAGGCUGAGGACAUUGCUGAUAAAGAAGCAACCUAUUCCAAGUUGGAUCUACAAACAAGACACAUUCAGUCCUGUGCAAGCUGCCAUGGGUUUUGCAGGGGAGAGAGAAGGCAGGUUUUACUCUUACAGAAAUGUCAGUGUUGUGGUUUUUUGUUGUUGUUGUUUUGCCCAAACUUUCAUUUAAAGCAAGAUGGGUGUCUCCCGCUAAGACUUUAAUGACCCAGAACAUUCUUUAUCUCUUUAUCAAUGCUUGGGUAUAGCACAGUAGUGCUGAGCAAUUUAUCAUUUUCUAGGGAGAGUGUCCUGCUCACCCCAUGCAAAUUUAGCAACUACUAAUUUAAGCCUGUUUAAGUAGACCUCAAAGAACUGAAGACUCUACUGUCACAAAGGCAGUGGCUAUUUUUGGUGCUCUGAGAGGGGACUAAAUCCAACACCCCUGAAAACUAGAAGGCAGACAGCCAGGCUCUUUGCUUCAGCCACUCGUUGGCAGUGAAAUCUUCUACUGACAUGUCAAAACUUCUGAAACACUCUGACAAAUGGCCUAUGUUCUCUGAUGCAUAAGUAGAAGCAGCAUACAUGUGCCCUUGCUGAAAGGAAUAUAUCUGUUCCUGUUCUCCCCUGGCCUUGUUCGGGAGGAGUCUACAAUCAGUCAAUCAAUCAAUUGAACAAACAAACAAGAAGAUGAGCUCAUUCUGCUUUGCUUUGGACUUUCUCUAAGACUUGCUUGUUGACCUUUCCCUAGCCCCCAUCAUGGACUCACUUCUUCAUCCAGCCAAAUACUGUCCCUGGGGUAGCAGCAGGGUUUGCUGCCUGGUGUCCUCUUUAUUGGAGGGUGCUGCUAGUUGUUGACUGGUGUUUUUCACAGUCUUGCUGGCACCUGGAAGGGCACGUGUGUACACGUGUGUGGAAGUUGAAGAAAACAGAGGAGAGAGGGUCACGAGAGAUAGAAAGGAGGAAUAUAUAUAUAUUUUUUUCCUAACCGUGCCUCAACAGCUGUGUCAUUGACUGACUGGUCUAAGUCAGGAUCUUGUGUAGUCUGUGCUCAAAUAUCACAAGCAAGUAGCGGUGUUUCUGCACUCGAAGUAUUAAAAAUAAGGCAUUUUAUUCUGUGAGCUGAGCUCUUGAGCUGUGUGAACAUCCAGACCCAAACUCUGAAAAAGGCCAUGAGAACUCCGAGCUGAGUUUAGUACGCUGCAAGCUAGGCUCACAGAGCAGGAGGGAAAGGGGAGGUGUCUUAUUAAGUAAUGCUUGCUGAGUGUUUUUCAUUGUGGGAGCUUCCCAUGCUGUUCCUUUACUUCUUUACCUUAGCUCUCCAGACCAAUAACAGCCCUUUCUCCACAGACAGCAUAGCGUUCAGCCAGGUGUGAACUGCUGUUUUCCUUUUAUUUUUUGUUUUCUUUCAAUAAAGACACAAUAGAAGACCUAGCACAGGUACUGGGUGGGUUUUACUUGGAUUUGCAUCACAUAACUUUUGGCAACUUGCAUGAGUUCUGGGCUUCCCCCCAAUUCAUUCCUCCUUCCCCAAAAUGCCCAAGCUACUCAGAACAGACUCGAAAGUCGGCACUGCCCCCUCCCUGGUGCCCUUUCAUUUCCCUUCCCACCCUGAACUGCCAACGUGGUGCCUGACACAUUUGGCACACGUAUGGAUGUGAGAAGCAUUGUCUCAGACACCUUCUCCCUCAGCACUCAAGCAGGUGUUGAAGAACUUAAGACCAAAGAGAUGUAUGGUUCGUUGUUUGGAUUCUGAAUUUCUCUUUGUCAUUUCAUGCCAUUGUUUUAUUUGCAUCUCUGGUGUGUUCAAACUCAGGUAAAUGAGUUUUGUUUGUUGUUGUUGUUGUUGUUGUUUUCCUUUUUUUUUUUUUUUUUUUUAACUUUUAUGUUUUGUUUGGGGGAGGGUUGUUGAAUAGUUUUUAUUUACACUGAAAGGUCGGUGGCUAGACACUGCAGCCAUUUUCCUCCACAGCUCCAAGACCUUUCUGGCUACUAAAAAAAGUCUAAGGGCCUCCACCUUUUGGAGGGCAAAUAAUUGAGUUUGCCAUUGACCUUUGUGAACUCAUAUAUCUUUAGAGAAAGCCAUAUGAAAUCAGACUGCAAUAUUAAUUAUGAAUGAUGCUCUUGUGUUUAAAAUAAAAUGAGAUACGAGAUCAUGUGCUAGAUCACUUUGGAGUUCCUCUGUCUAUGUUUCUAGUACCGUAUGUUGGCUUAGGUCCUUCCUAGCCCCUCUCCUUCAUAAAGAAACACCAUACCAAUGCUGCUGAAUACAUCUUUUUGCCAAGCUUACUGUGCUAGAAUAAGCGUUAGAAAUCAGCUGUUGUGACCUCAAAGUAACGUCUUAUGUAUCUGAAACUUGUCUGUAUCCAUUCUGAAUAUGUUAUCAAGAUACCGUUUCUUCAUGUGCUGAGUUAGUAAAAUGUUUCAGUACUGCCAUUAAAAAAAAAUUGCUCAUGUUCUCUCUCUCCCCCCCUCUCUCUCACUCACACACAUGCACAGAGCAAAACUCAAUCUAACAAUGCAUUUUCUAGUAGAAAUGCUUCCCAGCGUUCUUUAAGAUGCAUGCAGUACACUCCAAGCAGCCAGAUUAUUUAAAGUAGAAACUUUGUGAAUGUAAAUUUCAUUUGUUAUUUGCCUGCUACUUUUUUCCUGCAUGAUGUGGGUAAAUGGUAUGAUGUUCUUUUUAAAUGGAAUCACAGACAAUAAAAGGAAAAAAAAAAAA